AUGUCGUUUCUUUGUGGGUCGUCAAGCAGUUCUAAGAAGCCUAUUGAAAAGAAGAUAGUGAUUCUUGGAGAUGGUGCGUGUGGUAAAACAUCAUUACUAAAUGUUUUCACCAGGGGAUAUUUUCCUGAGGUUUACGAGCCAACGGUCUUCGAAAAUUACAUUCAUGAUAUUUUUGUUGAUGGGAGACAUAUAACACUGUCUUUAUGGGAUACGGCAGGGCAAGAGGAGUUUGAUAGAUUGCGAUCACUUUCUUACUCUGACACUGAUACAAUUAUGUUAUGUUUCAGUGUUGACUCUCGUGAUUCAUUGGCAAAUGUGCAACACAAAUGGGUUGGUGAAAUAGCUGAUCACUGCGAAGGUAUUAAACUCGUAUUAGUUGCUUUAAAAUGUGAUUUGAGAAGCAGUGAUAAUGAUGCCAAAGCGAUCAACCCUGCUGUGAUUCAACAACAGCGAUCCCAGCCUGAUACAGUUGAUAUGAAGAAUAACCUCAGUGAUUCAAACUCUGGUAUGAAUAACGCAAAGAACGACUAUAUUUCAUAUGAAGAAGGAUUGGCAAUGGCCAAGAAAAUUGGCGCUUUGCGUUACUUGGAAUGUAGUGCAAAGUUCAAUAGAGGUGUCAAUGAAGCGUUCACUGAAGCCGCUCGAGUAGUAUUAACAGAUGAAAUGAAGAAUAAUAAAAAGGAAGAAUCGGACUCAAGCUGUUCAAUUAUGUAG